AUGCUAGUGUUGCUAUUUUUCGUUACUCGAGUAGCUGUCAUAUAUGCGACGAUCAACUACAAAUUAACAUCUAUUUAUUAUGGAAAUCAAGGUUGGUCUAUGGAUGAAAUUGAAUAUUUUUCGUCGUGGACUAGUCAACGACCAACAGUAAUCGUUCUUUUUACUGAGUGGUGUAACGGUUCAAUGAUUGAUUUGUUCAAUACUCAACUAAACAAUAUAUGGAAUAACCAUAGUAUUCCACUAAUUACAUGGGAACCAUUCGAGUGUGGUGGAGCCAGUCAACCAGGAAUCAUGAAAUUAGUUCGUAACAAUGUCUAUGAUACAUAUAUAAACCAAUUUGGAAAUAGACUACAAACAUGGUUGGCUGGCAAUGAUGGGAUUCUAGGAAAUACGGAUGAUCGCCGCGUAUAUCUUCGACUAGCUCAUGAAAUGAACGGAAAUUGGUAUCCAUGGUCAGCAGCAGUGGGUAAUUCAACUCCGCAAGAUUAUAUUUUAGCAUGGCAUCAUAUUCAUGAUAUAUUUUCAAACAAAAGUUUAGAUUCAACAAGGCUCCAAUGGAUUUGGUGUGUUAAUAAUGCGGAUGUUGGCAAUUAUACAGCUGAAGAUUAUUGGGUUGGCGAUAGUUAUGUUGAUUGGAUAGGAGUUGAUGGAUAUAACUGGGGUGCAACUCAAAGUUGGAGUACAUGGUUGUCGCCUAAUCAAAUUUUUUCUGAUAUGAUUAGCCGUGUACGUCUUUUAUCGUCAACAAAACCAUUAUGUAUAAGUGAAUAUGGAACAACAAGUAAACGAAUAGGAAAUGUUUCGGAUACACAAUCGAAAAAUGAUUGGUUAAAUGAAUUUUGUGCUUAUAUGAAUAAUACUCAAAUUCAAAUGGCGCCUUAUUUCAAUACAGACAAAGAAACAGAUUGGGCUAUAUUUGGUGGUAUGAACGGAAAUACUAUGUGGACUAAUUUUAGUGCAUAUACAGCAUAUAAAGAUUGUUUACAGUCCAACGAUUGGGUAUUACCAGAUAGCACUAAUCAAAGAAUUAUUACUGAUGAACAGUUCGCUGGCAUAGGUAAGAUAUAG